AUGGCAUGCCCCAUGCAGUCUCCUGCUGCCCACAGCUUGGACCAUGCCAGGAGUCCGCAGCUCAUGGACCCCCGCAGGAGACAGGCUGCCCUCUCGUUUCUCACCAAUAUCUCCCUGGACGGGCGACCCCUGCAGGAUCGCUGCGGCGCUCAGGACGGGAAUGCAGGUGCUGCGGGCUGGACGGUGCGGGCUCUGCAGUGUGAGGACACGGAGCGCAGUCCGGGAGCCGGUACACCGGGCACUCCGGGGAGACAGCUGCACGGCAAAGCGAUCCGGGCCUCUCCGCAGCUCGUGUCAUCCCGAUGCAGAGCCGCGGUGCUGCGGGAGGAUGAGGAGCACGAGCUGCAUGUGCUGGGGAAGCAGCUGGAUGAAGCGGAGGAUGAGAAUAGGACUCCUGCCAUUCCGAUCACCCCUCUCAGCGCUGGCACUAGGGGACGUCUGAACUCCUUCACCUAUGGCAUCCUGCCAGCUUCUUUCACCCGGACAUGUGCGGAGCCCAUACAGGGGGCCAUCUGCAGCGCCAUUGACAACCAGAGGUCCAGUCCUCUGGCCGCCUCCUGUCCCGCGCCUGCGGUCCUCUGGCCGCCUCCUGUCCCGCGCCUGCGGUCCUCUGGCCGCCUCCUGUCCCCCGCCUGCGGUCCUCUGGCCGCCUCCUGUCCCCCGCCUGCGGUCCUCUGCAGAUGCUUCAGCAUUGUGCAGAAGUGCAUUCUUGUAGUAUUUGGGAUGUGCAGCUUUCCCAGGUUCCAGCGAUGA